AUGGCGUUGCUAGCUCUGUAUGAACCCCGGGGGCGUUUAGCGGAAGUUCUACAACUGGUGGCUUUUGUGUUAUGGAGAAUUUGGAAGUGUCGAAAUGCCUUGGUCUUCACUGGGGUCUUGGUACAACCCUGUGAUGCGGUGGCCUUGUUGUUGAAACAGGUGGAUGAGUUCACUGAGGUGCAAGCGGCGGGGCAAACACAACUGCAACAGCGGGGUGUGCCUCCUGGAUCUGUUGGUGAGGCUGGUUCUGUCUGGUCUUGCCCUCCUCCGGGUUUCGUCAAGCUUAAUUGCGAUGGGGCAUGGGUGGCUCAAACAGGAAGAGGAGGGGUGGGGUGGGUGCUCAGGGAUGGCACAGGCUGUUUUAUUAGUGCGGGAGGCUCUGGGGACAUGCGCUGUGUCUCUGCACUAAUGGCGGAGGCAGAGGCGGUGCGGGAAGCUUUAAUCCGGUGUCUGGAGUUUGGGUUUGUCAAGGUGGCGGUGGAAACUGACUCACUUAGCUUGAUUAAAAUGCUCAAGAAGGAGGGUGCGGUGGAUUUGGAGAUUGAAGGUAUUCUAUUUGAUAUUCAAUGUUUGACUCAACAGGCUGACCAAGUGGAGUUUUUGUAUGCUCCAAGGAUUUGCAACCAAGCUGCUCACAAAGUGGCAGCUCAUGUUUCUCGUACUGGUGGCAGGCAUAGCUGGGAUGUUGUGUGUCCUGAAUGGCUGUUUAAUUGCCUUGCCCAUGAUGAGGGGAGACAAAGAGGAAUUGGAAGAUGCCUUCGCGAUCAUCAUGGAGUUAUUGUUUUUGGUUUUGCGGGUGCUGGAACUUUGGGUCUUGAUGUGUUAGGGACUAAGCUAGUGGCGGCCAGAGUGGGGCUGCUGGAGUUAUUAAGAGGGGAUUGGUGUAGUAAUGUGGGAAACCUGGUGGAGGAUCUUAUAAGAUUAUUGGCACAACUAGAUGUCCUGAAAGGGAUAUAUCAACCUAGACAAGGAAAUGGAGUAUCUCAUGCACUGGCUCAAUUUGAGUUGCACCAUGGGCAGUAUUUUGUACGGGAAGAUGUCGUGCCGCCUUGGCUGGUUCCUUUGAUAGACAAAGACAGAUGGUGA